AUGAAAGCUCAACAAACUCCACAAGAACGACCGAAGGCUAGACAGAUCAAUUCGGAUCUAUUUCCCGUGGAAGAGGUCAUUCGUGCCCGUGCACUAGACCAGACACGAAUCCUCUUCCCGUCUGCCCUCUCACCAUGGCAUUGGGUCAUCAUCAUGAGCGACCAAGUAUAUCUGGUGUCUCCUAAGAAGGCUCCUGAGCUGCACAUUCCAGCCUCAUCAUCCUGCGUAGAUGUCCGCCUUAUCGACACCACUACAUAUGGAAAGGUUCCAGCUUCACUUGUCUUCACUCCUGCUCUACCAGGCUAUGAUAUGUUCACCUUCCCAUCUUAUUCAUUCCUCAUCAGCAACAGCAACAGUAAUAAACAUGUCUUGUUUGACUUGGGCAUGCGAAAAGAUUGGGAAACCGCCCUUCCUCCCAAGACCGUCGGUUUCGUAAAGCAAUACAUGCCAUUUACCAUUGAGGCAAAUCUCCACGAGACCCUCGACGAAGAUGCAGGACAUCUAGGGAUCACAUCUCAAUCAAUUUCUACUGUGAUUUGGUCCCAUCACCAUUUUGACCAUCGAGGUGACAUAACGGCAUUCCCUUCAACGACAGAGCUGGUCGUCGGCCCGGGCUUCACCAAUGAAUACGUUCCAGCAUAUCCCACCAAUCCAGAAAGCAGUAUUCUCGAGACCGAGCUUCAAGGACGCCCAAUACGCGAACUGGACGAUGCUUCAUUCACUCUCAAGAUUGGUCAAUUGCCCGCUCACGACUUAUUUGGCGACGGGUCGUUCUAUAUUCUAUCAGCACCGGGACAUACCAUUGGCCAUCUUUGCGCGUUAGCUCGUGUGUCGAAUACACCCAUUCCCUCGUUCGUAUUCAUAGGAGGGGACUGUGCCCAUUACCCGGGCAUCUUCAGACCGACAGAAUACCUCCCACUCCCCAAAGAGGUACCAGCCGCGCCCGGAUCACGUUUUGGAGUCGCCCCUUGUCCUGGAAUGUGGAUUCAAGAAUACGUACAUCCGAAGAAAAGUGCCACCGAGCCUUUCUUGGGACCGAACGCAGGAGUGAAUGAACACCCAGAGCAAGCCGACCAUAGUGUCUCGGCCAUGGAAGAAUUUGACGCCAAUGAAGAUAUCCUAGUGUGUAUUGCCCAUGACCCGGCGCUGCUUGGGAACGUGGACUUCUAUCCCAAGAAAUUGAACGAUUGGAAGAAACAGGAGAAGAAAGAAGCGGUCAAGUGGAGCUUUUGCGGUGAUUUUGAUGUCAGGGCCGCAAAGAAGUCUGCUGCUAUCGGCAGUUGA